GCAUUAAACAACAAACAAACAAACACAACCAUAGCUUCAUGUUUGAAGUGACAGAAUCACCGCUAUUUUUCCCUGUCUGUAUCUUAGCACAAAAUAUUUCUUGCUUGAGAGAAAAUCUUCAUUGGUCGCCUAUGAGUGUUGAGCUCUUUGAAACCAGGCUUAGGACAAAUUGAUGGUAGCAAAUGGGUUUACAGUAUUUAUAAUAGAAUGAUAAUUGGAAUAAUAAAAGAUGCUUUGAUUUCAGCAAAAUCCCUUAUGUAACAUCAUACUUGUCUCCGUACAACAGAUAACUGGUUAUACCACUGAAACUAAAACAGCAUGAUGGCCUAAGGGCAGAUAACUCACAAAAACAAGAUGGCGUCGACAGGACGUCGAAUCUACCCCUCCGAGGACAUGACCGGGCAUCUCCAUGGUUACAGAGGGGGGCUCCAGUCUCGUAUGUCCGAUCUGCCGUCAGAACCUUUGACAUCUUAUGUGACUCUUGAAGAUGCAAGAUACUCAGACAUUCGCAAACGGAUUGGACUUCCUAGACUUCCAAAACGAACAUCGACUCUCCAAGAUGGUUAUGAGCAAGUGUUGGUGGAACAGACUGAAUUUAUCAAGGCACAUUUCCACAUGAAAGAAUGCAAACAGUUUGUGCCCAAACCAGACCAGAAGGUGAAGAUAGUGAAAGAUCUGAAAUGCCACUGUGGGGAAAUCUUGUACAACCACGCUGGCUUGAGGAAAACAACGAGACAGAAGAACAUGGCCACCACUCACUUGGAGUUUGCCCAAUCCUUUCUUGUACCUGCAGAAUAUGCGGAUAUAGUAAAGAAUGAACGAGCGAAGCCUCCGGCAGACAUGCCGAAGGUGGCCUGGAAUGCAGACAAAGCUAUUCAAACUUUUACAACCAACGCUUUCGGAAAGAUUUCGUUUGACAUUGAACAGAUUGGAGGCAUGAAGCCUGCCAAGUACAUCCGAGUGGCUUCCACAGAUUCUGAGAAGCAUGUCCUGGAGAUGAUGCUGAAGUAUUGGAGAAUACUGGAACCAGUUCCACCGAAACUUGUCAUCUCCGUCAUAGGCGGCGCCAAGAACUUCAAACUGGAUGGUAGAAUGCGGGACACAUUUAACAGUGGUCUUAUAAAGGCUGCCAAGACCACAUCUGCAUGGCUGAUCACGUCGGGGUUCAACAUGGGGGUGAUGAAAGCUGUGGGCCAGGCAGUCCAUGAGGGCCAAACCUUCCAGUGGGACAAUGACAGGAUGACCCACGUACUGCGCUGUAUCGGUAUAGCCCCAUGGGGCUAUGUGAAGGGCAGGAACUUCCUGGAAAGUUCAGAUGGAAGGGGUAAGUUCAACGCCCACUACAGGACCAGCAACACCAUCCUCCACGGUCAGCCCGUCCAUCUCAAUGCUGACCACACCCACUUCAUCUUCGUGGAUGAUGGGAUGAGGAACAGAUACGGAGGAGUAGCGGACUUUCGGGCGAGGUUCGAGGAGAACAUCAUGUCAUCGAGGGGCAUCCCUGUGGUGCUGGUGGUGGUGGAGGGUGGACAAGAUGCCCUCAUGGAUGCUGGCACGUCCUUGAAGCAGGGCAUCCCUGUCGUGGUGUGUUCAGGAACUGGCAGAGCAGCUGAUAUACUUGCUUAUGCAUUUAACCAUACAGUCAAGGCAACCAAUGGAGAACGUUUCAUGAGAGAAAAACAUCUGAGAGUCUUGGAGAACAAACUGUUCACAGCAUAUGGGAAGUCAUGGGGCAAGAAGGCGGAGACUGAGAGUGUCAAGUACAUGGAGAUUGUCACGGAAUGUUGUCAGUACGAGGAGAGGAUCAUAAUCUUCCCAAUCAACAAGCAUGAAGACCUUGAUCUAGCCAUUUUGUCAGUUCUUUUGAAAGCUGGAGGUGGAGGUAAGGCAGGGGGCAACCAUCUGGACCAGCUGAACCAGCUGAAGCUGGCCUUGACGUGGAACAGGGCGGACAUUGCUCAGGAGGAGAUCUUCCGAGAAGAUGUCAACUGGUCACAAGAACAUUUGAUGGAAGCAAUGACCAUGGCCCUAGAAGAGAAUAAAAUGGACUUUGUGAGGCUUAUCCUCAAUCAGGGCAUAAUCAUGCGGGAAUACCUCACUGUACACAGACUGGAGAGUCUCUAUAACAAGAUUCCAAAGCAUGGCUACCUCCGUCCACUGUUGACAAGAUUUUCCAAGAAGACUGAUUUCUGCUUGAGUGAUAUUGGCGCGUUCCUGACGAGGCUCCUUGACAAGUAUGAUGACGAGAAGUUCCAGGAGGGUGACACACAGAAGCUGGCCGUCAUCAGUCAGUCAUCCAGUGUCCGAAAACCCAAGAUGAUGAUGGAGUCUACAGACACAGAUGAUAUCGAGGAAAAAGAUCAGUUCAAGCGGCCAUACAAACAGCUGCUAAUAUGGGCCAUUCUCAUGAACAGGGUCGACCUUGCUCUCUUCUUCUGGGAGAUGGGCGAGGAGCCUAUAUCAAGUGCCAUCGCCAUCACCAGGAUCUGUCAAGGCAUGUUCAAGAAGAUCCCCAAGUACCAAACGAAGAUCCGACAAGACUUUGUGGAGAUGAAAAUCAUGUUUGAGAAGCUGGCGAUGCUGGUGCUGGAUGAGUGCCACCUGGUGGACCCCAGCAAGGCCAUGAUGCUGGUGGAGAGGAAGUCCCUCAUCUGGAGCAAGAUGUCCUGUCUGCAGAUGGCUGCCUCUGCCAAUGAUCAGGCUUUCCUGUCGUCCGUGGCCUGCCAAGACUCCAUCAACACAACAUGGAAACAUGGAAUCCUGUCCAGCUGGAAAUAUGUAUUGAUGGGUAUUCUCAUCCCACCCUUCAUCUUCUUCGUGGAGGUGGCCAAGAUGGGGGAGACUCGACUCUCUGUAGCCCAGAAGCUCCUCACCUUCUACACAGCACCAAUGACCAAGUUUGGAUGUUACACGAUGUCUUACCUGGCGUUCCUGGCCCUGUUCUCCUUCCUGGUUCUGGUGGACUUCAAAGCUACGCCCAGCGUUGUGGAGUGGAUCUGCAUCCUGUGGGCUCUCUCUUUCCUCACCGGAGAAACACACACUUUUCUGAUGUUCCCGAUCCCAACGUGGAAGGGCAAGUUGAGAGACUGGUUCGGCCUCCUGGACAAGAUGGACAUCUGUAACCUCAUCCUGGUCUUCAUCGGGUUUGGUUUACGCUGGUUUCCUCAUUUGUUCUUCAGUGCCAAGAUGAUCUACUGUUUCAACGUGAUUAUCUUCUACCUCCGGAUCCUGAAGGUGUACACCGCCAACAGCCAACUCGGACCCAAGUUGUUUAUGAUCAUGAGAAUGUUGGAGGAGCUGGUGCUGUUUGUGAUGAUCCUGGUGGUGUUCCUGCUGGCGUACGGCGUGGCCAGCCAGGGUCUGCUCUACCCGCAGCGUAAACCCGACACAGUCAUCCUGAAGGACAUUGUCUUCUACCCUUACUGGCAGCUGUACGGGGAGAUCUUCCUUGAUGAAAUUGAGACUGAUCAGACGUGUAUGGCUGCUCUGCAGAACGUGACAUCAGUGACACCCUUCAACAACACGUGUAGGACGUCCAACUGGAUGGUGCCCAUUCUGCUGGCGAUAUAUCUGUCUGUGGGCAACAUCCUCCUGCUCAACCUUCUCAUUGCCAUCUUCAGUCACGUGUUUGACACGGUGGAGGAGAACUCGAUCGAGAUCUGGAAGUUCCAGAUGUACUACCUGGUGAUGGAGUACGACAUCAAGUCCAGCAUCAUUCCCCCCUUCAACAUCAUCAAGCAUGCCUUCUACCUCUUCAAGUGGCUCUUCAGGAAAACUUGCUGCAAGAAGACAACGGAAACCCAGCAGUACCUGCAGCGGCAUCUGGCGUACCUGCAGCUGUUUGAGAAGGAGAUGAUGGCCAACUACCUCCGCCAUGAGAAGGCCAGUCAGUCCAACAGCCUGGAGACCAAGGUGAAGAACCUGCAGAAGAGAGUUGAUGAAUUGACCAAGUUGAUCGAGGAUGAACUCAUAGCAGAACAACACGGCUUCGGCACAGAAACUACAAUGCUUGGACAAACGCAGACUUUGCCCCUGCCUGUGAAGGAACAGAAGCCUGAGAAGAAAACAUCAAGAUGGCCGUCCAUUAAGAGUGUCCUGAAGCUGCGUGACGAGGAGCAGAGGCUACAGGAAGGGCUGAACAUUGACAACCUUUUCGCAGAGGCACCGGAAGACCUUUACAACAAACAUAAGUUGGAGGGGGAAACAUCAAGGAAAAAGGAUGUUGUAAUGGAUGAAGUAAAGAAGAAACACAAGAAGAAGAAGGCAAAGAAGGAACCUAAGAGGGAGUCCAAGAAGGAGAAGAAGAAGAAGAAGAGAGACAGGUUUGAAGAUGACGAGGACAAGGAGCUGAACAUCAACCUUGCGGAUUAUGAUCGUAAACCGGAGUACUCCUUCAAACAUAUGGACAGCGACAGCUCCCCGACCAGGGGGCAUCCACUGCCUUCGGUGCCACAAGGAUUAAUUCCACUCUCCCCACGACAAAGUUUCUUGAAAUCCAGAUCAGAGGCACUACCCUGGAGUGAGUCAGAGGACGAUAUAUAUGGGAAGCAGACGCCAAGAAGUCUGAAUCCUCUGAACAUUCAAACUAAGGAGAUUCCCCGAGAACUGCAGUCCCCUGAUUUCUCUGAUGAUGAGAAUGUUUCCAAAUCAGCCCAAAGCUCUCGAUUGCUAGCGAACAGACGUGCAAGGAGACAGGAAAGAAAGCGUAUUUCUGAUCUGGAGGAACGGUUGAUGGAACUGGAGAGAUCUAGCGCAUCACAAGAUCACAGCUAUUCGAGGAAUAAGUAUAGGUAGAUAUGAUGCUGUGAUGAGAAUUGUUGAAAUGAUGUCAUUUUUUGUUGGAUAAGAUUUUCAAUGAUGUGACAAACUUAGAAGUCACAUUCACACAGUAAACGAGAUCCUUUAAAUUUGGACUACAGUGUUAGAAAUCUCCUGAUCUGAUUAUAAGGCAAAAGUUGCAAAUGAUGCAUGAUCCAUUUGCAAGGCAGUUUAGGCUGAAAUGACUUUUAGAAAUAGAAGUUUGGGCUGAAAAACAAUGACGUCUCAUAUGGGUUUUCUGACCAAGUAGGUAGACUGUAGAUUGAAUUUUGUCCUAAUGCCAAUUGUUGUUGUUUAAUAAUGUUCCUAUAUGUCUGAAAGAGUGUAUUACUGUGUCACUGAACUGGUGAGAGUGCCAUGUAUGCUACCUGAUAUUGGUGCCAAUACAUACAUACAUUACAUACAUGCAUGCAUGCAUGCAUACAUACAUACAUACAUACAUACAUACAUACAUACAUACAUACAUACAUACAUACAUACAUACAUACAUACAUACAUACAUACAUACAUACAUAUAUAUAUAUAUAUCCUAUCUUUGUUGAUAAUAUAACAUUCUUGUCCCUUCUUUCUGAACAGCUUGGGUAAUUGAAUUUGGGAUGAAGCUUCAGUGUGUGCAUGACCAGAUUGCUUAAUAUGUGUAUCUAGAUCGAUUUUGCCAGGGCCCUGGUAAAACAAUUCUCAAUUGGACAUUUUGUAUCCAAAUCUUGAGACCUACAGGUGGGUAUCAGUGUAGGGAAAUAUGAGGUCGGGUCCACGGGUAGGAAAUUUGGACUCGUCCCAGCCCUAAUAUGUAAUAUAUUGGUAAUUGUAGCAUCAAGUAUGAUGAGAUGAGUCAGUUUUACAUGAUCUCUAAGCUUUGUGAAUAUGCUCCUUUGUCAUGAAAAUCCAGUGGCACUUUCUCCGACUUUGGAUUUUGAUAAGGGCCAUUAUGAUAUUAAGCACAGCUGGAUAUGCAUAAUUCUUAAAAUGAUGUCCACAUGAUAUUCCUAGGCAUAAGAUGCAGAGAAACCCGUCCAGCAAGAUGCUUGUAUUGCAUAAACUCCUGCCAUAGAUAGUCUUACGAACCAGUUUUACCUUGAGCCCUGACUACAGGGAAGAUGUUUCCUAUUUUAGAAUAUUUUGUCCAAUAUACAAGUAAGGUUUAUUUUUGCCCAGUAUUUACACACGAAGCUGAAGUCAUUUUCACUUGUGAGUCUUAGCUCACCUGACUGAAGGUCAUGUGAGUGUAUGUUGGGUUCUGUUUGUUCGUCAUAAACAUCUUCUCAUUAAAAGCCACUAGACCAAUGAAACUUCACAAACAUAAUUCCCAAAAUUUGUUUAAAAUUUUUAAAUCCAAUUUUGAAUAUGGCAGGCGUGGUAGCCAUAUAAUAUAUAAAAGCUAUUUAAUGACAUUGCAAGUCAAGUAAUGGCAAGAUUUUACUCAAAUGAAAUAAACUUUGGUACAUGUGGUGUUAGUUGUUGGCUGUUCAUAUAUAUUAUGUUGUUUUUUGCGAUAUUAUAACUUCUAAACUAAUUUGUUCCUUGGUUUGACCUUUUAUCUUGAAGAUGAAGCUCCUCAUGGAAAUUUCUCAGCCAUUUUGUUUCAAAAUGUAAUGAAAUAUGGUAUUUGUGUAGUUAGUAGUGCGACUCAACACAUAUAUGUUCUGUUUGCUAUGAUUUUGAUUUUGACCUUUAUAUUACCUUUGCACUUUACCCAUGCUCCUAAACUCUCUCAAUUUGCAUUACCUCUCCACAUCUUCUCCGCAGAAAACCGCUGAGCCAGUGAAGCUUCACAUUCAUUUUUACCACAAAAAAAGACACCCAAAUUAUUUAAGGAAGUGCGAAUGAUUUUCAAUAUGCCCACGCAGCAUUGAUAUUGAACAAGUAGUUUAUGUCAAUUACUCAGCAAGUUUUGUUCAAAGUGUAAAGAAUUUUGGUACAUGUGUAAUUAGUACUGGUGCUUAAUAUAUUCUGUCUUGACCUCAAGUUUGACCUUGAUUUGACCUUUGCACUAUGACCAGACUGAAAGAUUUUGUUUCAUAUUGUAAGGAUAUUUUGUAUUUGUGUAGUUGAGUGGGGCUCAACACACAUGUUCUGAUUUGUGAGAUCUUUGACCUUCCAUUAACCACAAGACCACACUCCUAAACUCUCAUGCUCUUAAAUUCUCUCAAAAUGCAUAUUUGCCUCUGUAAACUUCUCUGAAAGUGCCAAACGUGCAGAGCAUGGGUAUUUUUCCUCAUGAUGACGUUCUAUUUUGUUCACUUUGUUAUAUUUUAGUGUCAGUAAUUGGUAUUUAUUAAAAAAAACUUUUUAAAUAUCAUCAAUUCUAGCAACCUUUUUUCAGUGGCUGUCUAUUUUAAAGUGUUGACAUUGUAAACCGAUGACUGUAUAUCCAGGUGAGCUACAGUGCCAUGACACUAUUUUUAUAUCAUCAUAUUAUAUGAUCAAUAAUACAGAUUGAUAUACCGUAUUCGACGUAAUAAGCGCCCCGCUCUAUGAGCGCCCAUGGCGAUAACUGCUAACAUAUUAGCUAGUGAACAAUCCCA